GCGGAGCAGGCUCUGGAGAGCUCCGUUUCUCCUUGAGAGAUUAGUCCCUCCGGGCGCUCGGUAGUCUGCGCCCGUUUCCUUGGAGACGGAGACGAGGGACGGGUCUCGCUGGGAAGUUUGAGUGGCCUAGGUUACCACGCGGUCCACGCUGAGGCAAGAAAGUCGGAGAAGCCGAAUAAUAAGUAUCGCAAGAGAUCAGCGCUCCACAGACUCACUACUCGUCUUCCAUUUUCCCCAAUGGCGCGCGUCUUUCCGAAACCCAACCACUCUGGGAUUCGCUCCACAGUCCACAACUUCCAGAAUCUGGAUUAUGUUCCAUGGCAGCGGUCCAAGCAGAAAACCAAGUCACCUACUCUGCCUCCCCUCCUACAAACCAGAGGCCACCAGAAGAGCAAAACGAAGACUUUGACUAGCGUCCUUCCAGGGCCUAGACUUGACAUGACCCAUAUCAGUCCUGCUCAUAUUCCAGUGGCCAUAACUCAGUCAUAUGACCACACGUUGCUCAGGAACCGGCAAACCACACUCCAGGAGCUCUCCAACCAUGAGGUCUUCCUCACCAAGCUCAACUGGGAGCUGAUCAAGGCCAUCCAGGACAUGGAAGACAGCUCGGCCCUGAAAGUGCGCACGAUGCUGUAUCGGCAGGACAUCCUUGAGACUGUCAUGGAUAUCUUGGAGUGCUCGAACAAGAAGAAGCUGCAGAAGCUCAAGUAUGAACUUAAGGAGUGGGAGGAGAAGGAGGAGUCCAAGAUGCAGUCCCUGGCGCGGCAGGUGGAACAGCUGAAUGCCAAGAUUGAGAAGACCUACAAGGAAGUGAGCUUCCUGAGCACGUACAUGGACCACGAUUAUCCUGUCAGGUCGGUCCAGAUUGCCAACCUUGUGCGCCAGCUGCAGCAGAUAAAGGACAGCCAGCAGGAUGAGCUGGAUGACCUUAGUGAGAUGCGCAGAAUGGUCCUGCAGUCUUUGUCUAAUCAGAUUCAGAAGAAGAAGAAGAAGCUUCUGAAAGCUCUGGUGGUGAAAAGCCAGCAACCCCAUCAGGAGGCUCUUCUGCAGAAGACCCGGGACAGCCAGGACAUGCUGAAGUGCAUGGACAAGUUCAGAGAAUUCAUCAACCAGUUUGAGGAGGAAAUACCCAUAUUGAAGGCAGAGGUGGAGCAGCUCCAGGUCCAGGUCCAGGAGCCCCGAGAGAUCAUAUUUGCGGACGUUCUGCUUCGGAGACCCAAGUGCACCCCAGACAUGGACGUCAUCCUCAACAUCCCGGUAGAAGAGCUGCUACCCUUCUAGAUGUUGGGGCCAGGGGCCAGCCUUUCCUCCCUGCUCUUUUCCCCAUACCCGGAGCCUUGAAUUGUCUUCUUCCAUGACCGCAUGCCCACUCAGAGCCUAGUCUGCUCUCCCUCCCUCCCCUCCUUCCCUGCCUCCCUUUCUUCCCUCUUUUCCUUCCUUCUUUCCU